AUGAGACAAUACCAAGACAUCGAAAAAAGAUGGUCUUUGCUGUUCAACACGUCUAUAGGAGUGGAUCUAAAACAAGCCAUCAAAGACGAUGGUGAUUUUGAUCCUUGUGAAGAUGGUCUCCGAUCUAUUUGCUGGAAGUCGUUCUUGCUUAAUGGACCUCUGAGUAAAGCAUCAUGGACAAGAAAGUUGAAAGAUAGCAGGAGCGGCUACACUGCUCUUCGCGAUCAUUUCUUGAAGUACAUUGACAAUCCUAAUAAUCUUCACUCGUCAGCAGAUCCUCUCGCUGACGACGAUACAUCGCCAUGGGCUACGUUGAGGCAAGAUGAGGCCAGUCGAGAAGAGAUCUGGCAGGACGUGAUACGCUGCAACAUUGACAACUACUUCUUCCGAGAACCAUCAACACAAAGACAAUUGUUGGAUAUUCUUUUCAUCUAUUCAAAGCUCAACCCAGACACGGGGUAUCGACAGGGUAUGCACGAGUUGCUCGCCCCUGUACUUUGGGUGGUCUUUCAGGAUGCGGUGAACCCGAAGGCCGUUCCGGACAAUAAGGUUGGGACGGAAGGCAUCGACUUUAUGCUUGAGACUCUCGACUCAAACUACGUCGAACACGAUGCCUUCAACCUGUUCUGCGCGAUGAUGCAAACCCUAAAGAGUUUUUACGAAGUCGGAGACACCAAAGACUCAUCUAUUAUUGUGGCUCAGAGUGAGCGCAUACACAAGGAGCUUCUUGGAGCAGUUGACCCUGACCUCAGUACUCAUCUCGAAGUUGUUGGUGUUGUUCCACAAAUCUUUGCUAUCCGAUGGUUAAGGCUUUUGUUUGGUCGUGAGUUCGAAUUCAAAGACGUGCUGAGAUUAUGGGAUGUACUAUUUGCGGAGAACCUAAACAUUGAGGUGAUUGACAUGGCUUGUGUAGCGAUAUUGUUGCGGCUGAGGUGGCAGCUCAUCGACGCUGACUACACCACAGCAAUUACGACCUUAACACGGCUUAACCUUCCGAAGGAGGGUGACUCAGCUCGAGCAAUAGUCAAGGAUGCAGGUUAUCUCGUGAAGCGCAGGACAGCGGAAGCCGGAGCGGACAUUACACAGCUUCGCACUGGAAGACGGCAAUACAUAAAUCCACUUGGUGGCGAAGAAGUGCCAUCUAGGUCAUCGACUCCUCAACCCCGUACACAUCGAAGGCUAAGAUCGCAGCAAAUGUCGCCAAGUCCCUCGCCAGCACGUUUUGCAACACCGCAACGGCACCUGGAGAGCCUCUUCUCCAAUGUCUCGAGCAAUUUUCAGAAGAACGCAGAGGGCUGGUCCGUGCAGACUGUGUCGAAAGCGCUUCGAGGCGCUGUUGGCGAGGCCAAAAAGAACUUUGAGCAGUUACAAGGCAAUUCACCAAGAUCGAGCAUAGACAUGCCACGAGGCUCAUCUGAAAGGCAACAUCCACCAAGUGGCGACGUCGAUUCUGUUCUUGUGGACCGACUAAGGAAACUAGAAGAAAGGAACCAAGCAUUGGCUCGAAUGCUUGAGGAUGCACAAGAGACGCUACGAAAGUGGAAAGCCACAAGCCCACGACAAAGCUCGCAAGACGAGGACAUGUUCAAUACUGCUCUGGCCAAGAUGCAGUUCGUGUCAGUGUACCUUACAGAUUCUGAUAUUCCUAUACCGGAAGGAAGUUCUUCGAUUGAGCAGAAAUCCAUUGAUCAGGUUGUCAAAAAUUACGACCCGCAGCCGUCCGCAGACUCGCCGAAGGAUGAGCCCGUGACACAAACAGGUGAGCAGCAUGAAGCAGAGAACGAGCAGAAGGCAGUGCCCGAUGUGGCGCAAGAUGCACCAGAAAUGCCAGUUGUGAAAGUAGAAGGACCCGAAUCGCGUGACAGGUCUCCUUCACCUGUCAGAAAAGCAUCGGCGAGACCAUCUCUCGCAGAAUCCUCAUUCUCGUUCAUGUUAGGUGAGAAUCGGCAUCGUUCAUCGUUUGUUAAGAGCACACCACUACCAGAAGAGCGAAGGAAUAGUGCACAGAUCGAGAAGAACAGGAAGAACAGCAGUGAAUCCAAAACAAGACCUAAAAUAUCUUCCAAGGACAAAGCAGAUCGGAAACCUGGCGUCAAAGCAAACAACAGUGACGAAGACGGAUUUACAAUGAGCACGCUUCAUUAG